CUACUCCAUAUUCUCGUUCGUCUCAACGGCUUCAAAAUUGAUGAUCUUCGUCCAAUCAUGGACACUCCUGAUCGGAUUCGCCGAAAACUGGAUGCGUUCAAACAAUUUGUGGUCUACUCUACGCUAUACAAUAGUCCUGACAAAAAUGUGCAGUACUUUACGGAGGAUCUUCCUUCGGAAUGGGCUUGGAUCAAAAGUGUUUACCGCCAGCUUGCAGCAGAGCACGAGUCAAAGCUGCCCUUCAGAAUCUCGUAUCAGCCCCCGGAUGGCGUGAUUGUUUCGGGAAAAUCUUUCUCCCGUGGGUACAUUCGGAGUCUUUACUCUGGAGAGAUCGUCAAGGAUAUCACCGAGUUUUUUUUCAAAUUCCCACAGUAAAAGAAGCUGCAUUUGAAGUGUUGGAUGAUCCACGUGAACAUUUUGGAGAAGACUUGUCGGAGCACAAAGCUGGCGUUUCAACAGCUGGUCAGUCGCUCCGCAAAAUCAAGAAUCAACCCCAAAGAGCUGAAGCCCGCGGGCUCUUUCGCCCCGGAUUUGAUCAAGUCGCUGGAUGAGUGUACAGUGCUUCUUCUGUGGAUGAUAUUCUUCGCGUGUGGCGCUGGUGUUAAAGUUUGCGGGCAAUGAAAGAAAAUGUUUUUGUCGUACAACAAGACCAGGUGUAUUCAACUACUGACG